CCGGCAGAAUGUGGCCCCAGAGCUCUUUUACAUUUUCAAAAAAAAAACAACAACAACAACAACAAAAACAGGCAUCCACCACCUUAUCGUCAUCAGUCUCCCUUUCUCUCCUCUGUGUGCCUGCGUCUCUCUCUCUCGCUCUCUCACUCUCUCUCUCUCUCCCUCUUUCUGCUCUUUUCCUGAGUGCCGAAGUGGAGAUUGCAAGUGCGCACCGCGGCACCCAGCGCUCCGCGUCUCACUUUACGGACUUUUGCCACACCGAGGGGCACCUGCCGGAACCCGGAUAUUUACAGGAUCGGGGGAGACGGGAGCGUCAGAGAAGUGGGCAGCGACUGGACGUCUGAGGGAGGACGGAGAAGCGGCCGGAAGGGCUGGACGGACCGCGGCGCGGCGCGGCGCACCAUGGCCUCAAAGGAGAACUCAGCGGCCGGCUUCGUCAGCGUGAGCAGGGAAAUCACAGAGAGCAUCAGGAAGGUUUUGGACAAACAGCCCGUUAAGUUUGUGCGAGCCAUCAAACAGGAGACGAGAGGCGGCAAGUCAGAGGACAGAAUCUUGGUCCUGGCAACAUGGAGGCUGUAUCUCUUCGCUGUCAAAGUGCCCACCAAGGUGGAAGUCACUUUCAACUUUUUGGAAAUCAGAGCAAUGAACACCUAUCCAGACUUCCAGGUGGUCAUCGAUACAGACAAGACCACCUUCUCGCUACGCCUUCAGACGCAGGAGCAGCUGGAUCAUGUGGUCAACCACAUCAACUACGCCCUCUCCCGCGUCUUUAACAACUCAAUUUAUGCUCCUCCGAUUUGCCGAGCGGAGGGAGACGUGCCUGAUGGCAGCCAUAAGUUUUCACCCAACUCUGAAUCGUCGUUGGAGCCUCCUAAGACCUGUGGCGGUUUUUCUGAGACGUACGCUGCCCUUUGCGACUACAAUGGGAUUGGCUGCAAAGAAGAAGUCCAGUGGGAUGUUGACACGAUCUAUCACUCUCAGGACAACCGGGAGUUCAACCUGCUGGACUUCAGCCAUCUCGACAGCAGGGACUUGGCAGUGAUUGUGGCAUCCAUUGCCUACAACACCUGGUUCACCAAGCUGUACUGCAAAGACAUGAGAAUAGGGUCAGAGGUGGUGGACCAGAUUCUGCACACGGUCAGCAAGUCCAACAGUCUGGAGGAGCUCACGCUGGAGAACGCCGGACUUAAAGCGGAUUUUCCACAGAAGAUGGCGUCGGCUUUAUCAGAGAACCCAGCCUCCGUGAUUCACUCCCUCAAUCUGGCUCAUAACACACUUGACAACCAAGGAGUCUCCAACCUAAUUCAACAAGUCUGCCGGCUCAACAAAGGUCUACGACUCCUGAAUCUCUCCAAGACGUCUCUCUCCUCCAAGGGUAGGCAGAGCAAGGCCUUGAGCCUAACCUUGUUCACUGGGACAUUGCUGAGCUUUCUUAAACGUAAUGAGACGUGGCACAAAGUCGAGGGUGGAAGAAAAGGCGUUCCGAAAAGGAAGACGCCGCUGGACACAGGCCUGGACUGUGCUGGGGGGUACAGACUGCAGUUCGCUGUGAGACCUCCGAGAUUCAAAGGAGUGCUCGUUUCAGUGGCCAACAGGGAUUCGGUGCACGUCCUGGAGGACGAGAUCGCAUCCCUGCUAGCCAAACGAUCAAUCAGAGUAGUGCCGGAAGAAGAGGUUCAUCAGGGCUUCUACUCACGCUAUUUUCUCAUUCCAAAGAAAGACGGCCUAUCAUUACGACCCAUACUGGACCUGC